AUGGCACCACUCGGCUACAGACCAGAGACACUUCGAAGGAGGCCUAGACCGUUCGCCACCAAAGACAACGACUACUACUGCGGCGGCGGCAGCAGCAGCUCCAUUUAUUACCCCUACCAUCCAUUAUCCUCUGACUAUGGAAAUCCCCAAAGACUACGGGCAGAGUACCAUUGCCCUGCUUGUAGAAGUACGACAACUUUCCGGAUGCUGCUACGACAGAAGACGAUGUAUCUCUACAGACAAGUCCUCCGCGCCGCUAGCUUUGAGGCGGCACUCGCCUCGGCACAAGCCCUGCUGCUAGCCCAGUGCAUGCUCAUCGCUAUAGAGGGUCCCGAUGCUCCCUUCUCAGAAGCGACUAGUGUAAUGCUCCUCAGUCUCGGCCAGAGGCUAUACCAGCAAGCUCCAACGCAACUACGAAGUAGGCUCAGUCCGCGACGCGCAUGGUUGUUUGCCGAGAGCGUGCGGCGCACGAUCAUCGUUGCGUUCGUUCUCCGGGGCGCAUACUCGCUCAAAAAGCGGAAUUACUCUGCCCGCACUCCGUUCAUUGAUUCCCUACCGUUCGACAUGCGUACCGCGCUCUGGGAUGCCAGUGCCGAAUCGUGGACCGAUGCAGAGGGUGACUCAGCUGACUCGAUUGUCUCCCUUCACCAGUACUCCGGGAUGCUGGAGAGUGGGCUCAUACAUGGGAUCUCGCCAUUUGGCGGGUUGAUUCUUGCUGCUUGCAGGGGAAAGGCCAUUGAGGAGGUUGCAUAUCCGUCGUUGCCUCUCGCUAGAUCAGCUCCUAACAGUGCUGUCUCUGUGGGUCGUUCAUUAUUUGCUGCGCUCCUUCCUUCGAUCUUGACCGACCAGGCCUAUGUUAUUCGAACACUGGCACCCAUCGGUGUCUCGUUGACGUAUCAGGAAUCUCUGCGGCUCGUUUAUGUGUUUGCCCGGCUGGGAGCUUAUGACAUGAGCCAGGGAUGGUUCAUUCUCAUAUGGCAGAUGAGGACGGCUCAGCCGUGCGCUCCUAAGGGGAUUAAUAGUCGCCCGCUCUAG